AUGCGCACCCAUCCAGCGUCACUGUGUGGACUUGAUCUGCGCGCAAAAGAACGGGUGCUCACCAAGGUGCAGCUCGAGACGAACCGGGUGCGCUCGAAAAAGUACUAUGAAGACAACCGCGACUCGGUCUUGGCCAAGCUCCGGUUGCACUACAUUGAAAACCGCGAGAAAGAGCGGCAGCGGCAGCGUGAAAAGUACCUCCGCAUCAAGGCGCGCAAGCGCGCGGCGGAAGAAGCGACCAAGACGCUCGCAUCGCUCCCUUGCAACCCGCUCAGCAUCGCGUUCCUGCUCAACUGACGAGAGCAUCGAUCGAGUCGAGCUUAGUAUUUAU